GCGCCAAAGAAUUGUCUCCCGGUCCGCUAUUUGGAUCUGGGUCCGGCCCUCGCGCGCUCCGGGCCAACGGCGACCCGCCCAACGGCUACCGAGACCACGCCCUUUCUCUGAUCAAUUCGGAUAGGCGGAAAGGAAAGGGGCGGGACUUGGCUGCAGCCAAUCAUCUAAUAGAAAACAUAAAAGGCGGGAAAAGGAGGAACCAAAAGGAGGCUAGAAGUGGCUCCCGGGAGCAGAAGAGGAAGCCAGGCAGACAGAAGAGUCUACCCUCCCAGUGAGGAGCGCUGGUCCUCGGCCCUCGGAGAAUAGCAGCUGAACCCUGAGGUGGGCCUGAGGCACACAGGUAGUGGCACCCAGAAAGCAGCACCCAACAGCCCUGCUCCUUCCUCCCAGGACACUCAAAGAAGAGCAGCCACUAUGCACCUCCCCGAAAGCCUGCAGGACCUGGCAGACAGUGAGACUGUGCGCUUUCUGAGGAGACCAAAGAGCGUCUCAAGGAUCUUCGGAGGGGUCUUCUCCCUGGUCAUCUUUUCCUCUCUACUAACUGAUGGUUACCAGAACAGGACAGAGUCUCCUCAGCUCCGCUGCGUCCUUAACAGCAACCACAUGGCCUGUAGCUUUGCAGUGGGAGCUGGCUUCCUGUCCUUUCUUAGCUGCUUGGUCUUCCUUGCUGUAGAUGCCCAUGAGAGCCGCAUGGUAGGCACCCGCUUUAAGACAGCCUUCCAGCUCCUGGACUUCAUUCUGGCUGUCCUCUGGGCAGGUGUCUGGUUUGUGGCCUUCUGCUUCCUAGCCAGCCAGUGGCAGCAUUCGAAGUCCAAGCACUUCCUCUUGGGGAGCAGCAGCGCCAAGGCAGCCAUUGCCUUUUCUUUCUUCUCCGUCCCUGUCUGGAUACUCCAGGCCUACCUAGCCUUCCAGGACCUCCGAGAAGAGGCUCCGGUCCCCUACAAGCGCUCCCUGGAGGAGGGUAGUGUGGUGCUGAACACCCUCUCUCCAUCAUCCACCACUAGCCCCGCCAACCCUACCGUCACAGGCCCCAACAGUCUGAGUUACAGCAGCUCAGCCAUGUCCCCCUACAUGACUGCUCCAAAGGCCCCACGCCUGGCCAUGAUGCCAGACAGCUAAACAGCCUGAGUACACGAGUAAACAGCCCCUCCCAGGGGUUUCUGAACA